AUGAAUAACUAUGUACAUAAAGACCAAACUCUCAUUACUGGUAGCAAAGUAGAAGAAAUUCAAGGAACAACCUCACAAAGCUCCGCACAAACCUCGAUUGCGCAUAAAGAUACAAAGAAACACUUGGAAGACUUGCAAAAAAGAUUUCAGGCUGUAGUUCGCCGGAAGGAAGAGGAUGCGUAUAAAAAGAGAAAAAUUCAAGAAGAGCAAAGGUCUAAAAAGCGCAAAAUCAAUGACUUGAGGGAUGUCGAUGAGACAAACCUGGACCGAGAGAAUGAUUUAAAGACGAGAAAAAUCAAAAACCACAAAUGGUCCUUUACAACAGCAACAACUGAAUUUACCCCAUUACCACAAGGCAUUGCUCAUUAUAUAGGCAUGAAUUCCCAAUUGAAGGGUGUUGAUCACGGACGACUCAAUCCAAAGGGAACAUUAGAGAAACAAUUAGAUCAAGCAAUAAAAGAAGGAAAUCUUGGUUUAGCAACAAAAUUAAGUGACGAGAUCGCUGAACAGGACCAUAAAAAGACGGUGAAAGAAGCGAUUGAACGUAAAGAGUUUGCUGAGGCCAAGCAGCGUGAAGAAAAAGCUCGGGCAAAUAGGAAAAAACCGAAAUUGAAGUGGGGAUUUGAAACCAAACAACGAUGGGAGACUAAAAGUAACAUGUAA